AUGACAGAACGUAUUAAUCAUGUCUGCCCGGGAAUCGCUAACCUGCCCUCAGUGUCGGCACAAGAGGCGAGUCAUAAAGCCAGCCUCUUGGACAACACCCUUUGGACGGAAUCUGUGCCAGCUGCAGCGGUAUCCUCCUUCGGGGUGUGGGUCAACACGACUCCAGCCUCCUCGAGGCAGCCUCGUCCGGGCUCAUUCAGUCUGUCUGCAUUCUUUAUAGCCGCUUUCGCCCUUUUUCUCCCGUCGCCCUCAUGCCAACCCGUCAGUACAUCAGAGGAUAACUGCCCUCAUCGCCUUUUAAUUGUAUUCGGCCAUUCAAGGAUUUCUGUAUGCUCCACGUCAGGCCAGACAGAGAACAAACAUAGUCUACAUUUUCGUUGCUGGGCCACAUGCACUACUCUGCUUCGCUCCUCUGUCUGCACGCACGUUUGGUAG